UCUCUCUCGUAUACUCCCUCGACGCUCCUUACGCCAUGCAACAGCCAUACUCCGCCAACACUCAACAGCAAGGUGCCGCCUACUACCAGUCCCACGUCUCUCCUUCAACAGCCGCUGCCCAUCACCUCAGCCUUCCUUACCUCCACUCCCCAGCCAAUGGCUCUUCCACCAGCUUGCUCGACGCCGUCGUCGGCCACCAGGCCCAUACCUCUCCUUCCAUCCCCAAUACCGGUCUCCAGUCUUCCACCAAUUAUCCCUCCCACCCUGCUUCUGUCCGGCCGAACCCGCCUUCGUCCUACUCGCAGGCCUUCAACAACGUAUCCAGGGAUCCUUCCUCGGGUGCGUCGAGCCAGUCCCACGGGGGCAGCUCUUUGGGCAAGGUCAGCGAACGGGGCGAGAGUGACUGGGACGUGGUGAGCGCGAGUGAGGGUGGCGCGCGAGGGCAGGGAGUCGAUGAGGAGGAGGAUGAGGAGGCGGUCAAGGAUCUUCAAGAGAAGGUCGCCAAGCGACGAUCUCAGCUCCCUCGUCUCGAGUCUCAGCUCGCCGACCUCGAAGCCCAAAUCAAAGCUGCCGAAGACCGUCUCGCCCAGGCGCAGACCAAUCCCCAGGGUGGUGCUCCCGUCCGCCAGUAGACAUCUUGCCGCAGAGAGUUGCCCCAUGUGGGGCUGCUUUCUGGCGACGAUUCACGAUUAACGAAUAUUCCAUCCCUUUCUCAUCAUCUCUUGUCCCGACUGUAUCAUACGGAAUCCUUAACAAGCUCUUUACCUUUUCCUUCAUACUGUAUCCAUCAUUGGCGAACCGAUGCAUAGGACAGAUUCUAUCCUCGCGCG